AUGUCUCUGCGCUUAUCUCUCAAGCCUCAGGUCUCGCUUAUUAACACGGAAUUCAGCUAUUGGGGGGGGGGGAGGGGGAAGAACUAUCAUAUUGAACUAGUAUUUGUCGAUGGACACAGUUGGUUAGGGCGAAUUCGGAGAUCCAAUGUCACUUCUCCGCCAGCAGAGUUGCGAGAUUAUAUCCUGCGCAGCGAAGUCUCAACUCUGCGCUUUUUGAGUGCGACUUCAAUUCCAGUACCAGAAGUGCUCGAGUACAACUUCUGUGAAAACAACCCUGUUGGCGUUGGGUACAUUCUCAUGGAAAGGUUGCCUGGAAACUCUUUGCGUUGGUCGCUUGCCACUCCUGAGCAAAGAAAGAAGGUAACUACUCAGCUUUCAAAUAUUAACAUGGGAUUGAAGACUCAUCCUUUCGCUAUGACUGGCUCUAUGUACGAUCCUGGGAUCCAUGAUGUUGGGCCAUUCGCUCCUGAACUAUUGUGGUUCCAAGAUGAAAGCGCUCGGUCCUUAUUCCUCCACAAAGGAAAGGAAUACUUCACCGCAUAUAUUCAAUUGAUCCUGGAUCUGAUAUACAGACAGAAGUUGUACGCUGAUCGGGCGGUUGAUGCAUUCUUGGUUCAUCAUUUUCUCCUCAAAAUAGCCCCGAAGGCCUGCUCUCUAAGUCAUACUGACGACGAGAAGUUUUACUUGAAACAUGCGGACGAGAAAGGAGAACAAAUACUUGUUGAUAAUGAAUUCAACAUUACAGGAAUCAUUGACUGGGAGUGGGCACACACCGAUUCAAAGUCAGGGGCAUUCAAUUCGCCGAUUGUUCUACUACCGGUUGCUGAUUUUUAUGCGUGCGAAAAUUCUAUUGGCGAGGACGAAGAGUUUUUCGCUAAAUGUUUUGAAGCCAAUGGGCAUCCGCAUCUUGCCAUGAUAGUCAGGAAUGGUAGAAUCAUCCACAAGUUCCGAUUUUGUUGUGGCUACGAUCUUAGUGAUUGGAAAGUAUUUCUCGGGCUAUUUGGCGGUCUCCUCGCCGCCAUAGGGGGCACUGAAGAUUUUGAUUGGGUUACCUGGAGAGUAGAGGCUCUGGUGCGCUAUCAAGAGGAUCACCAACUGCAUCAAGUAACCGAAAAAUACAAUGAGAAUUAG